UAGAGACAGUGAAACACGUUCUAUUUCAGUGUCAGAAAUAUGGGAGGGAAAGAGAGUGAUUGUUAUUAGAUUUGAGGUGUAAUGGGGUUGAAGAGUCAAGAUUAAGUGCACUGUUGGGGAAAUCUUCAGGGGAUGUAGCAUUUAAUUAUGUAUUUAGUUUCCUUAGGAAGACGAUAAUAUUGGGUAGGAUGUAGACCUUCCCUGUCUCUGGUCCACGCUCCAAUCCAGUUAGUGACGGUAAUACACCUUAAUGUUGUUUGCCAAACACCACUUAAAAUCCACAGAAGAAGAAGAACAAGGUGAAGGAAGUGACAUGCCUCGGCUUUCUGCGGUAGUUUGCUAGCCGUGCAUGAUGAUGGAGGAGGAAGAAUUGGAAUUUUCGGAGGGUUUGGAGGCUAUUUUGCAUCUUACUCCAGAGGUGCAGUUGGCCAUCGAGCAGGUUUUCCCCAGUCAAGACCCAUUGGACAGAGCAGAUUUUAAUGCUGUGGAAUACAUCAAUACAUUGUUUCCCACUGAGCAGUCACUGGCAAAUAUAGAUGAUGUGGUCAACAAGAUCCGUCUGAAGAUUCGGUGUCUGGAUGACAAUAUCAGGAUGGUGGUGAGAGGUCAGACCAACGUGGGCCAGGAUGGCAGACAGGCACUGGCAGAGGCCCAGGUAGCCAUCGGCCAGCUCUUUGGCAAAAUCAAAGACAUUAAGGACAAGGCUGAGAAAUCUGAGCAAAUGGUCAAAGAGAUAACGCGGGACAUCAAACAGCUGGACCAUGCUAAGCGUCACCUGACCACCUCCAUCACCACCCUCAACCACCUGCACAUGCUGGCCGGGGGCGUUGACUCUCUAGAGGCCAUGACGAGGAGGAGGCAGUAUGGCGAGGUGGCUAACCUGCUACAGGGGGUGGUCAACGUGCUGGAGCACUUCCACAAAUACAUGGGCAUCCCUCAGAUCAGACAGCUCUCAGAGAGGGUGAAAGCAGCCCAAAGUGAGCUGGGGACUCAGAUCCUGGCAGACUUCGAAGAGGCCUUCCCCGCUCAGGGGUCAAAGAGAGCAGGGGGACCCAGUAAUGUUCUGAGAGAUGCCUGUCUGGUGGCCAACGUCUUGGACCCUCGCAUCAAACAGGAGAUCAUCAAGAAGUUCAUCAGACAGCACCUCUCUGAGUACAUGGUGCUCUUCCAGGAGAACCAGGACGUAGCUUGGCUGGAUAAGAUCGACCGGCGCUACGCCUGGAUUAAGCGUCAGCUGGUGGACUAUGAGGAGAAGUACGGACGCAUGUUUCCUGAAGAGUGGUGUAUGACCGAACGCAUCGCUGUAGAGUUCUGCCACAUCACCAGGACAGAGCUGGCCAAAGUAAUGCGGACGCGGGACAAAGAGAUCGAGGUCAAGCUGCUUCUGUUUGCCAUUCAGAGGACCACCAACUUCGAGGGGCUGCUCGCCAAGCGCUUCUCUGGGUGCACCCUCACCAACGGGCCCGGGGUGAAAAAGCCUGAGCCACCACUGGAGUCCACCAACCCUUUCCUGGAGGACGAGGUUGGAGAUGAUGGUUCAGAGAUGGAGGAGGAUCUGGAUAGGCCCAAGAAGCACAAGGCUCCUGACAACCCCUUCCAUGGCAUCAUUUCCAAGUGCUUUGAGCCUCACCUCUAUGUCUACAUCGAGUCUCAGGACAAGAACCUAGGGGAGAUGAUUGACCGUUUUGUGUCAGACUUCCGGGCGCAGGGCCCCCCUAAGGCGGGCACGGAGGACGGGGGAGCAGUGCUGCCCAGCUGUGCUGACCUGUUUGUCUACUAUAAGAAGUGCAUGGUGCAGUGCUCCCAGCUCAGCACAGGAGAACCUAUGAUCGCCCUCACCACCAUCUUCCAGAAGUACCUCAGAGAGUAUGCCUGGAAGAUACUGUCUGGAAACCUGCCCAAGACUAGCAGUAAUAGUGGAGGACUGACCAUCAAGAGUCUACUGCAGGAGAAGGAGGGUUCGGAGGCUGCUAAGUUCAAUGUAGAGGAGCUGUGUCUCAUCUGUAGCAUCCUCAGUACUGCGGAGUACUGUCUAGCCACCACACAGCAGUUGGAGGAGAAGCUGAAGGAGAAGGUGGAUAAGACUCUGGUGGAGAGAAUCAACCUGACUGGAGAGAUGGACACCUUCAGCAAUGUGAUUUCCAACAGUAUCCAGUUGCUUGUUCAGGACCUGGACGCUGCCUGUGAUCCUGCUCUCUCUGCCAUGUGCAAGAUGCCAUGGCAGAGUGUAGAACAUGUAGGUGACCAAAGUCCCUACGUGACGUCAGUCAUCAUGCACAUCAAACAGAACGUCCCCAUCAUCAGAGGGAACCUGGCCUCCACACGAAAAUACUUCACCCAGUUCUGCAUCAAGUUCACCAACUCUUUUAUUCCUAAAUUCAUCAACCACUUGUUCAGGUGUAAGCCUAUCAGCAUGGUGGGGGCUGAACAGCUCCUCCUGGACACCCACUCCCUGAAGACAGUGUUGUUGGAUCUGCCCUCUAUAGGGUCUCAGGUGGUCCGCAAGGCCCCAGCCAGCUACACCAAGAUAGUCGUGAAGGGGAUGACCCGCGCUGAGAUGAUCCUCAAGGUGGUCAUGGCCCCCCAUGAACCCUCCGUGGUGUUUGUGGAUAACUACAUCAAGCUCCUCGCUGAUGGAAACCCAGAGACCUUCCAGAAAACUCUGGAUAUGAAGGGGUUGAAGCGCAGUGAGCAGAGCAGCAUGUUGGAGCUCUUCAGACAGAGGUUACCCACUCCACCCUCAGGGGCCGACGGAGGCCCCUCUCUCUCCUUCAGCACCCCCGAGCAGGAGAACUCGCGCAUACGCAAACUGGAGAAGCUCAUCAAAAAGAGACUAUGAGCGUGCACACACUCAUCACCAUACCACACACAAAAUAUUCCAGUAAUUCAUCUCAAAUACUUUUUCUUGCUCUGUUCAAGCAUAAUGGAGAAUUGCAGGCAGAGUAAAGACAUGAUUGUCUCAUUUUUGUUAGAAGCAUUAAUGACCCUAAUGAUUUCAAAGUCAACUGUCGAAUUAUGAAGAAAUCUCCUCAGCUGCAGAGCUGUUGGCAUGUAUUACUCAUUUACUUGUGUUUUUCUUUUCUGCUUCUCUUUUUAUGACACUAAAUACCCAAGCUUUGUAAAUGUUAAAUGUAGACUAUAUCAUACAUACGCUAUGCAUUUUAACAAAAUGUGUUUGCACUUAGACUGAGCUACUAACUAAAAACGGCUUUAGGAGCAAUUUGCUGCCGCUUUGGCACCUAUCCUCCCAGUCCCAGACUGAGAACAAGGAACUUCAAUGCGUUUGAAGCUAACAUUAUGAUAUUCUCCAGUCCUGUGCCUUUGUGUGUUUCUCUUGGUUCCCUGUUCAAGGGGAGGAUGCAGUUAGUUAGGAGUUUGUAUGUUUCCAGUGUCCCUUCACAACAAGAACACCCUCCAGGUGGAUGGACCGCAUCCCACCAUGCAUUGAUGUCUCCAGGUUCAGUGGUUAAGCCCCCAGCCAGGUCCAGGACAGAAAGGAUCUUGGGAUUUCCUAUCUCCUCAAUUAGACACGAGACAGUUUCUGUGAUUUUUGAAAAUCCCCCAUGAAAUGAGAACCAGUCAAAGCCUUUUAACUCUGGCCCUUCGCCAGGAACUGUAUGCGUGUGAGACAUUAAGCAUGUUCAUUUAUUUAAGCUCUAUUUCCCCAUGUAAUUCCUUGCUGAUCGUUUUAUAAAUGUCAAUCUGAAGUGUGUGUGUGUGUGUGUGUGUGUGUGUGUGUGUGUGUGUGUGUGUGUGUGUGUGUGUGUGUGUGUGUGUGUGUGUGUGUGUGUGUGUGUGUGUGUGUGUGUGUGUGUGUGUGUGUGUGUGUGUGUGUGUGUGUGUGUGUGUGUGUGUGUGUGUGUGUAUAUCUCUCUAUAUAAGUCUGAAUCGAUUUGAUUACAGUGAAGGAGAGUUGCAGUACUUUAUAACAGAGGAACUCAUGUUCACUGUUGUACAAGGAUGCAUUGUACAACAUUAUAUUGAUUUCUGUUUUAAGACUUAUUGUCUAAACCUUUUUUUUCUGUUAUUCCGGGCCUCUGACAUUGACAGGCCUAGAUUACCUGUCGAUAAUAAUGAAAAUUUACUGACACUCCCAUUAUGCUUGUUUGCACUGAGCUGACCGGUGUCAGAACGCAAUAUUGGUUACAUUAAGACACUGUGUAAGAUUGAAAUACCGCUAGUUUUCCCAGAAAACAUCCUCAUGCUAGCUAGCAGUAGCCACUGCGCCCAGUUUGGAAUGACAGUGUCAGCCAAUCAGCUCCUUUAUUGUUCAACCAUGGUGCUUCACGGUGUGUGUAACCAUGAUUGUGAUCCGACCCCAGUACAGCUCAAGCGUAACGGUAGGGUUGGUAUCUUCUGGCAAGUUCUCAUUAUGAUUGACAGGUCAUCUAGGCCUGUCAGUGUGAAACACAGGCCUGGAAUAACGACAGAAAAGAAAAAGGUUUAGACAAAUCUUCAACAACAAAAAACAUACAUUGUAGAAAAUGAUCAUUGUAUAACAGUGAACAUGAGUUUCUGUUAGACAGGGAACUGAGAAGUUGGCACAAUGAUGCUAGUGGAGAACAACAAUAUAUUAUUGAACACAGUUGCUUUUCAUACUGUCUUUGAGCUAAUUAUUUCUACUGUGACUUGCUUCGGAUAAAGUACUUAUUGCAUGUAACAGCAAAUACUCUGGAUCAGUGAUGAUUUGAGGUGGUUCAUUCAUAUUUGGUGGUGUAGCACAAGAUAAGGAUGGGGUCUGAAGAAUGUGUCUAUCGUCAAGUAUCUAUUCUAAAUAAUUGUGGUUGAGGCAUGAACGAUUGUUUUUGGAUUUCAUCCUUGGAAAUUCUUAUUCUCCCCAAGAGAUAAAUGUAUGUAUUAAUAUAUUAAUGCUUUUCAUGUACACAUUCAUGCCUUUAGUUAAUAAUAAGAAAAACGUGUUACUUUAUAUUGUCAGUAGGGGUAGGCCAUCAUUGUAAAUAAUAAUUUGUUCUUAACUGACUUGCCUAGUUAAAGGUUACAUUUAAAAAAUAAAAAUAAAUUGGCUACUGUA